UAAAGUUUUCCUUCCGGGUUCAUCGCCGCGACUUCCGUGUUGUGAACAAGGUCCAGCUAGUUGAUUAGAAAAGGCCCUGGAUCGACCACGGCGUUGUUUUGGAGACAGUGGGACAACGAGAGGAUCCCCUCUCCUCACAUCCACCUGAACUCUCUGUGCUCCAGGACUCAGAUUUUGAGAUCACACACAGGCCACACCAGAUGGGCUGGGUGGUAACACCUAAGGCCAGCUGUUAACACCCCCUGGGCCUGUCCGUGUAGCGCAAUGGCCAGUCACUUCCGUAGCUACAUCUGGGACCCGGUCCUCAUUGUGAGUCAGAUUGUGUUGAUGCAGUGCAUCUACUACAGCUUCCUGGGCCUGUGGUUGGCUGGAGUCGACAGUCUGGUGCCAACUAGUCGGUCACUGGAUCAGAUCUUCAACUACGAACUCCUUGGCUUUGCAUCCAUGCAAGGGAGGCUCUCAAUGAUGGCGUUCAUCUUGAACUCUCUCACCUGCGCCCUUGGUCUGUGGUUCUUCAUCCGUCGAGGGAAACAGUGCUUGGACUUCACAGUCACUGUGCAUUUCUUCCACAUGAUCUGCUGCUGGAUCUACAAUGCUCACCUUCCGGCCGCCCUGUCCUGGUGGCUCGUCAACGUGGCCUGCAUGGCCUUGAUGGCUGUAAUUGGGGAGUACUUGUGCAUGCGAACGGAACUCCGGGCCAUUCCAGUCAAUAGCGGACCUAAGUCUAACCUGUGAAUUCUUGUCGACACCACUCUGUCAAAUCUGUGGAUGUUUAACCCUCUAUAGGAACUCGCUCAUCGGAGGAUUGUCCACCGUUGGUGAAAGAAAUGGAACACGAACCUCCAUCAGCGUAUAUGUGUUUGAUUGUCAUCAUGCAUCUCCUCUUCAACUGAUACACCAGAUGAACUGAUCUAUUUAUUCGAUGUCUUUUAAAUGUAUGUCGGACAGUGUUAACUCGAGCAUAUUACGAUACGUUUUAUAAUGCUCACGAAAACAGUCGUCAGUUCACACCGUUCUCUAAAACUUCCCCUUGAUAGAUGGUUUCUUUGGCAAUUAUCUUUUUCUUUUCAAAAUUAAGUACAUUAUCAUGAGCCUCCCAUUCCCUCAUUUAAAACUUCUUAUUCUUUUUUAAGAUUUACAGUUUUCUUUCUUGUUUACACCAAUUGAAAAUAACAAAUUGAGACUCAACGGGGAGGCCAACAACUGUCCAAACCAGACAUGUUUCCUCUUUCUGUGCAUCAUGUUGUGUUGCUGGGUGGCAAACACACUUGACCAUUUUGUUACAGGAUAUUUUGGUUUAACUAUUUAAAUGUCUGUUACACCUCACAGCAAUUUGGAGACGCCAGUGUGCAAAGGUAUCAAGGUGUAUCUCUCUGGGUUUUUUAAAAUACAGUAGCUGGGUGUGAAAGUCAGAAGCUGGGGAACAAGCUUCAGUGUUUGAUAAGAUGAACUAAAGUUUUUCGAUGCAGUAAUCAAUCAUUGUUUAAACCCACACAUGAGAGAGUUGUCUGCUUUAUAAUCUCAUUCAUCUCACAUCUUACUGUGCUCGUCACAGGCCUUCAGUACAGAGUUUUGCGCAGCUAGUCUGGUUUGUUUCCCCUUUUUAUGUCAUGGUGUGAUAAAAAAACUUUCACUGUUUGUGGGAACAUGACGUGAAAAUUCCUGAAAUGUGCAUCACCCAGGAUUUCUGGAACAAUGUCAGCGUUAUCAUUUAGCCACAGCUUUGAAAACUCUGUCUAAAUCAACUGCUUAUUAUUACAGCACCUGUGACAGUCUUUUCGCUGUGUGAGGUGAUAGUGUGGUUGAUGCAGUCUCUUGAUUUAAAGUGAGGUUUCUAAAGAGUAGUACAAGUACAAUGUUAUGGUACCGGAGGUGACACUUAAAGGAAUAAUUGGCAUUUUUGUAAAUGCAGAGUUGGUUUUAUUAUUUUUUAUUUUUGUGUCUGUACAGUAAAUAUGAAGCUUGAUAGUUUAGUGUAGUUCAAUCACUGGAAGCGGGGAAACGGUUGUUAAUGGGUAAGCAAACCAGCACCUGUCCAGAUCACUGUGAAACAUGUUAUAAUCUCUGCAGGGAGGUUAUGGUUUCAUUGCUGUUUGUUUGUCUUUCUUCUUACUCAAAAACGAAUGAAUUUUUUUGUGGAUUCGGAUAAACGGGCAGAUCCAGAUAUUUUUUUUUUACUGUUUACAACGGCGUUACAGGGCGUUAAUCUUGGCAGAGGUAUACGCUCUCCAAGCACCUUUCUAGUUUCUCGUUGGUUUAAUGCAUAAAAAAGUCAGUGGUGGCACAACUUAUUGUUUGGACACAGUUUUUUGUUAAUCAAUGUGGUUUAAAAGGUGCUGGUAUAUGGAUUGUGCUACUUUGCACGGAGCCAAGUUAUCCUUCACUCCCUGUUUCCCCCCAGAAUCUAUCUUUGUGUUUUCUGUACAGACAUGACAGUGGUGAAGUCAAAUGUGGGCAAGAAAGGAAACAGGCGUGUAUCUCAAAACGUCAACUAUUCCUUCUAGAGUCAUUCAAACGCACGGCUACUCUUUGUCAUUAUUGGAUUAUAUCUAGCAAUGACUGCGCUAGUUUUCACAUGCAAUGCCACCAUUUUAUUCUCUAUAAUGAUUCUUCAUCAUUUUAGUUUUUAUAAUGCAUUUAAAUACAAAGAACUUGUGAACUGGACCUAUUCGUGUACAUAUGUUCUCUGACUUGUUUCUAGCGCAGAAGCAUCACAGAAGUUUUUUUUUUUUUCUCUCUCAAGAUUUAAAUAGUGUUUGCACCAGCAUUAAGACAUUUGGGUACAAUAUAUGUACUUCUGUGGACAUGCUGUUGAGUAAUUGAUUGAUUGAGGAAAAAAGUGAAUAUGCCAGUCAGGAAAGCGCAGGUGAAAAAAAGAAUUGGCCAUGAUGCUUCAGACAUCAAAGUUAGAUCUUCUAAUGAGGGGCACAGCACGAGCGUGUCUGUGCUUCUGCUAAGGCUUUCCACCCUGGGCCCUGACCCCUCAUUUUCUCCCACCACUGCCGCUGCUGGAAGUGUCCAGGUGGAAAGGGGCAGAUGGGAGAGCACUAACGAGUGGAAAGCUGCUGGGCGAUCCUCAUUACCACACUUUGCUGCAGGGAGGACUGAAAACUGAAACGCAGUCGUAAAAUGAGUUGUAGAGGACUUACUGCAUCGAUUAAAUGCUCCACUGUUUUA